GCAAACAACCAACGAAAUGAUGAAUUCCACCUUGACAACUGCUUCUCCCUUCAAAUCUCCUCCCACUUUCAAGCUACAACUAAGGCCUAAACAGCGUUGCCUGCCUCCCCAACAACAGCUGCAGAUUGGCAGCAACAGGGCAACUCCAACAGGAAAGCAGGAUUUUGUGCUAAAACCUGUACAUGCAACAGUAGGGCCAAAUUCAACUGGUGGUCAUGGAGGUGCCUCCUUACCAUCUUCGCCCCUGGCAGAAGUGAUUCAGGAGUUCUAUGCCUCCGUCAAUGAGAAGGACAUCAAACGGCUUGAAAAGCUGUUUGCUCCUGGCUGCAUCAUUGAGGACAACGCAUACUAUAAGCCACUGGACAUCAAGAAUACCCAAAACUAUUUCAGGAGACUGAUGGAUGCUAUGGGAAAGAAUGUCAAAUUUGCCAUCGAUGAGGUUUCUCAAGGAGUAGAACCCACCCUCGCAGUGAUGUGGCAUCUUGAAUGGAAUGGUAAAACCAUCCCCUUCACCAAGGGCUGCAGCUUCUACACAUGUUCAGGAAAAGAAUCAGCUCUUGUUAUUAGGAAAGUUCAUGUCUUCCAAGAGUCACCAGUGAAACCAUGCAAGUUCGCAUUGGAAAUACUAAAUAUCGUUACCAGCUUGUUUGACAUGUUCCCAAAUAUAGCUGAAGGUUUCCUAAACAAUCCAGAAGAAGCAAUACAGCCCUUUGUGAGGCUUUACAAGUCCUUCGUGGAGCCUUUCAUUGUCCCUUUUCUUGCAUACUAUACCCACUUUUGGACAUAUUUGGCCAAAGUAUUGACUAUGAUGUUCAAUAUGUUGUACAGAAUAAUCAAAUGGUAGCCAAACAAGAAAGGGGACUCUGUAUGGGGACUGCCAAUGGAUCAGAGCUUUCUGGAUGAUCUCAUGUUGCCGGAAGUUUUUCUUGUCCACUCUCCUGCGGGGCAAAAAUGAACAUCAUUUCGUUUUCAAGAAAUUGACUGUUACUCUAAUUUCUGGAAAUGGUUGUAAGCAACUACUGAACAUUAUCAUAUUACAGUAACAUCUUCCCCUGCAUCAUUUCAUAACAAUGGCCACUACCAUGGUUGUUAAGGCGUUACGAAGGCGUCGAUGCAGCGGUAAGUCGCUGCCAGGGAGCAUGGCGUCUUCCUCGACUUGCCAAAUUGUCUAGGGCAUCCGCCUUGACCCUAAGGCGUCGCAAGGGCAUUGCCAUGGCAGGUAAUGGCGCUAUAGUGAGAGAAAAGGACACCGUAGAAGAAGAGGGGAGAGUCACAAUUUUGCGACGGAGGACGCGCCCGUGAAAAAAAUUGUGGCGCUAGCCUUUGCAUGCGAAGGGAAAGGAAUCUAGUGCUACUUUUUGGUGUGAAAAGAAAACUAGUGUGCCAGAAUCAGAUCAGAUUAGAUGAGAGGGCUAGAGGGGGCAGUGAGCCAGCAACGACCCCACAGCAACCCCAUCGUUUGGUGACAUCAGCAACGAUCCUUCGCAAGGACGAUCCAGAAAUUUUCUCGUCUCCCCUCCGCUGCUUCUUCCUUUGUUCUUCUCCUUCCUCUGCUCUGUUGUGACCAUCUACCUCUGUUCUAAAAGUUCAUUUCUUCAUCUACUAAUCGUUCGCUUCCCUCUGUUCAUUUCCCCUCCCUUACUCCCUGACCUAUUCUUUGUAUUUAUAGCAGAUUGAUGCUUUUCUCGUUUGAUUAUUAAACUAAUGUAUGUUAAAACGCAUGUUUAAUUUGCUAUCAUGUUAGGAUAUUUUGUUUGCCGCCUUAUU